CAAUAACUUAUCGAUGGGAGUGCCGAGCGAUGCGGGUGGCGGCGCCAACGCCGCAGGCGGGUCUGUCCUCGAUCACGACGAGCUGGAAGCACUUAGCCAGAGCCACAAGGUGCUAGAGCAAGCUUACUCUGUAGACAGCAAGUCGCCAGACCUUGUCGAUCAAAUCGCCGACCACUCGGAACCCACGUCGCACAACUACUUUUUCGAGCCGUACUCGAACGCCGCCGGUGGAUGGCAGCCACAGCUCGUGCACACGCAAAAGCUGCUGCCGUACCCUGUCGCUAUCACGAGUGCGUAUGAAAACAUGCGGUCGGGGUCGUUCUCGGGUCUGCUCCAGGAGAUUCACCACGCAUGGGUGUCCGUCGACUCGACGCUGUUUCUGUGGGACUACACCCGUGCCGAGCGCUUCGUUGCAUUCGACGGCAUCGACCAAACAAUCUCUGCCGUGGCCAUUGCCAAACCCAUCCCGGGCGUGUUCAAAGCGUUCGUGAAACAUGUCCUCGUUGUUGCGACCGCCAGUGACAUGCGCCUCUUGCCGGUCUUGUACGAGCACAACGACCCUGUCCACGGUGCGAUUCGCCUGCAACCGACGAAGCUGUGCAUUUCCACCGACGAUGUCACAGUCAAGAAGAUUGUGUCCACGGCGGACGGACGAAUCUUUUUUGGUGGAUCCGACGGCCACCUCCACGAGUUCAUCUACGAUGCCACCGAAGGCGUGUGGCACCAACUCGGAUGGAAACGCAAGUGCCGCAAGGAGUCCCAUUCGCAGUCGUUGUCAACGUACAUCCCGUCCAUCUUUCGGUCCCUCACAGGUGCGCUGACGUCUGCCCACGGAAAAAUUGUCGAUAUGACCGUCGAUGCGGAGCGCCACAUCUUGUACGUGACGCAGGCCCCGGCAACCAUCCAUGUGUACGACCUGUAUCCCGCCGGCGAGAUCAAGCUCGUCGCGUCCAAGGACCUCCACGCCGAAGCCGCGCGGUUCUGCCAGCGCAACCACCGCACGUGGACGUCGUGCCCCGAGCCGCGGCUCUUCACAAACAACGCCACGUCCUCUAUCACGCUCACGGCGCUGUCUAUCGUCGGGCGGGACGAAAGCGCGUCGAUCCAUGCCGUCGCUGUCAGCUCCACCGGCAUUCGAUUUUACCUGUCGACGUUUACCCCCGGUUUCUUCUCGUCGUCGACGUCGUCAGCGACGAAACGACCGGAUCGCAUCGACUUGAUGCACAUCCGAUUGCCGCCGCCGAUGCUAUCGCUGGAAGACGCACCCGAGUACCACGUGACGGAAGGUCUCGCGCCAGCGAUCCUCACCGGCAAGAGCCCGUCGUACGUCCACAAAGCACUGUACCGCAAAGGCGUGUUUCUCGCGAUCGACGGCGGCCCGGACACGUUUGAUUCUGUCGUUGGGUUGUGCCAAGACAGCACGGCGCGCCACAACCAAGACUCGGUCAAGCGCCCCAUGCGGGAAUCGAUUUCGUCCGAAAGCUGCCAGGGAAAAGUGAGCGACGUGCAGGAGCUUGUGGCGCCACGUGCCGCCCCGGCGACGCCCGCGGUGGUCGCGCAGGCAGGCACGAAGCGCACGUUCUCUGACAUGCAAUCGAACGGAGGGGCGGUGGCAACCACCACUUCCGAAGAACCCCACGACGCGAUGCUGAGCGAACUCGUUACGCAGUUUUUCCAGCCCACCCGCCGCUUCAUGGUGCUCACCAACGCCGGGCUCCACACGUUUCAAAAAGUCCGACCUAUCGACCAUCUCGUGCACAUAUUGCAAACCAACCCGACCCCCGGGAAGGAGCUCACGGCCAAGCUGACCCACUUCGUCAAGUGCUUUGGCCGCGCUGAAACGUGCGCGAUGCUGUUUGUAAUCGCAACGGGCGAACCGCGCGCGUACACGAUGGUGGCGCUGCAAUCGAUUUUCGAGUUUGGCGGCCAGCCAGGUGUGUCCGGCAGCCCAAGCCCCAGUGCCGGCGGCGUCAAUGGCGGCAACCACAGCAACCGGUUCAUCCUCACGGACGACAUGUGCAUGUCGUACCACCACGACGGUCUUGUUAAGUUUCUAGCACGGAUUCUGCGGCCGUUCUGGACGGCCCAUCAUCCGGGGUUGCCCGACGGAAAAGACCGCGCUGCCGCGUUGGACCACGUCCGCGUCGUCCUGUUUCGCCUGCAGUCAAUCCUGGCUACCCAAUAUGCGUCCGCCGUCAGCCAUCCAGCUACAACACUGUCCGAACCGUCGCGGUUCAACACAUUGACUCGCACACUCAACUCGAUGCUGUACGAGACGAACCCCGCAUCCUUGCGCGAAGAAAACGCUAUCCGUGCCGAGCAGUUCUCGAUCCGGUGUUUAUAUCGAUUUACGAUCCGAGCUUUGGAAACCAUGAGCUUGCUUGUCGCGAUCGCAGAAACGACCCAUGCGACGGGGACGCCGCUGCCGUUGGCGGAGCUCGUCACGACCACCACUGGCGCCGCUGCGUGCAAGGCGCUCAUUCAAAAGCUCAUGGCCGACGCUGGGCACAGCGAAGCUCUCGUCCAUCAACUGCACGACGAAUGUCCGCUCCUCUUUACCGACACCGACGCAGCCGAGUGCCAUGGUUUCCAAGCACUCGAUGCCGCCGACACGUGCGUAACUGCCCAUGACCAGCAGGUCGUGCUCUCGAAAGCGAUGGAUCACUUUCGCCUUGCGUGCAAGGCGUGGAAAACCGAGGCCCAGCUAUCCGUGCUCGAGUUGAUUUGCAAACGAUUCUUUCAAUUCGGGUACCUCGACGGCAUCGUCGAGCUCUGCUUAGCGUGUGCCCGGCAACUGAGCAAGCCAGACUUGGCGCCACUGCGACGCGCGGCCUACAGCGGCAUUGUUCAAACAAUCCAUUAUCUCACCGAGACCGCCGCGAACGGUCUGGACCUGCCCAUGUGCGCUAACUCGAACGGGCUUUGGACAGAUGCCACGCAGCGUGAAGCUGCCGUCGAUCGCGUGCUCAGUCUUGUGCUGGCGUCGCCCGACUCGCAAUUGCACAUGAUAGUUCUCACGUGGCUCUACGAACAUGGUCAACACAAGCGCCUCGUUGCCCUGAUGAGCCCACAUGCCGAAGCAUUCCUGAAAGCCAAAGACGAAGAGCUUCUCGUGAAGCAAUACCUCGUCCAAGAACGAUACGUGGACGCGGCGCAUGUGCUGUGGACCCGCGCGCAAGCGUUCAACCCGACGUCGGCCAUUGAGUCGAAUCGCACGAUUGACCAGCGCGUAGAACUCAUGUCUCGCGCGGCUAGCACUCUGGCGGCGUCGCACAACCCAGCUGCCCUCCAUGCCCUCGCCGAAGUCCGCGAGUCGCUCGAUGUGUUGCAGCUACAGCACAACAUUUGGAAAUCGCUGGACAAGCUAGGGAUUCAAGCGUCCGCGUUGCAGGACUUGAAAUACCGAGUCGUGGACGUCUCGACAUUGUACAACCAGUUUGCAUUCAAGCACAGUCUGUGGGGAGACUGCCUUCGUAUCAUUCGCACUUGCAACACCGAGGACGCCAGCACCAUUCAACACUUGUGGGAGCGACUGUUGUUUUCGCUGGUGCCACAGUCGGCCGGCAACGUGAGCUUCAACCAGUGGAUUUCGACCAAGCACGGGACUGCUGAUGCCGCAGCCAACACGUCAUCACACGUGUUUGAAAGCGCCGUCUGGAUCAGCCACAUCCAAGCGCAGCUUGCGCCGUUGGGCAAAGAACUCGUGGCGUCGCCGGCGUUCCCCGUCGAAUUUCUCGUCCACGAACUUGAGCACCUCUGGAUGUGGUUUAUCCAGCUCACGCGUUACACGACUCCACAGUCGUCUUGGAUCGCGUCGUUUAUGAUUGACUGCGGUGUGCCGAUGGCCCAAUUGUUUGGUGUGUACUACAAACUUUACGAUGCCAACGAGGCGCCGCGAUGGCGCUUCCACCUCCUCCGCGGAAUCUUCGACCUCGUCACAACAUGGCAGCGCCACGUGCAAGCUUCUCCCCCGUCGAGCGAAGCAGCGCUGGAUUUCGCCACGGCCGCACCGCUGUUAUUGAGUGCGUGCGAGGCAUUUGUAGUCGACCUCCACGCCCUCGUCGGAGAUGGCCAUGCACACAAGCACAGCACGAUUGCGCGCUUCCGCCAACUCAAAGCCGACGUUGCCAUCACCAGAUCCAAGUAUACGUAAAUAUUAAAAUAGUUUCACGUGUAGCCGACAAUCUGCUGCUGCUCCUUUCCUCCCACCACACAGCGUUUGGCGGAGUCGCACAGCCAUCAAGGCAGUCUCGCCAUCAUCUAUCGGGAACGCAUCAUCGUGUCAUGGAGACGCUGCUGCCGACCCUUGACCAGCCGGGCCUUUCUUGCUUUUCCCACCGUUCGAGACCUUCUUGCGCAACAUCUUGGACGGUUUGAGGGUUGUCGUCGACGCGACCGUCGUCGCUUCGCUUGUAUUGCUGCUCACAUCGUUCCAUUCGCCAUUGGCAAUUCCGACAGGUGUCUUCGUGAGAGGCUGCCGCUUGCUUUGCAAUGCCAACCUUGCUUCCGCGUCCCGUAGUUGCUGGUGCAACUUGUUGUUUUCGUCCUUGAGCUGCUGCACGUACUUGAUCUUUUGGCCCGGGUUGGUGUGACCUGCAAGCGUCGCGUUCUCCUUCCAUGCCUUCUCCGCCGACAACAGUGCCGUGUCGCGUUCCUGGCGUAAAUGGUCGCGUUCUCGGGUAACUUCCUCGAGUCGCUGUUGGAGAGCAUCGAGGUCGGCGGCGUUGUCUUUGGAGAGCUGGACGAGUCGAGCCACCUCGGCGUCGGUGAGCUUUAGAGACGCGGGUGAAGCGUCUUCGGGGUUGUCUGUGUCGGUAAGCUGUUGUUCUUGUAGCAGCGCGCACUCGGCCUGAAGUUGCUCGUUUUCAGUUCGCAGCUGCUGACUGGCUUGAGUCUGGAGCGCUACCUGUUGUUGCAGCGUUUGAAUUUGAUCCAUGAGUUCGUCAAACUCUCGCCGCUCCUUGGAAUCACCGUCGUCUGUGCCUUCAUCGUCAAAGCCUUCGGCUGUCGAUGGCGCACUUGUGCCACCAAGGCAUUCGUGACAUUGCCUCUCUGGUUCAUAGCACUCUCGAGUUGCGGCCAGCGUAUACACAAGGACUUCCAUGUCCCGCUGAAUCUUCUCGAGUUGCUUGCGCAUGAGUGCCACCUCAGGAGUGCUAGUCUGGCGCUUCAGGUCCGCUUGUGCCGUCGGCACCAGUGGCAGGACGCUUGCCAUCUUUUGAAAUGUUUUACCCCCAGUGGGUUGCCGCUCCUUUUUG